UUACCUUGCCAGGCCCCGCCUCAUUUAAUGGAGGAAUAUCAGCAGCAAAAAAAAAAAAAAGAAAAAAAAAAUAGAAGGCUGGGGAAUACGUUUAUUUUGAAUAUCUGAAAUAUUCAGUUAUGUACAUUCAUUUUAAUAUGUACAUAUAUUUAUGAUUGUAGUUAAACGUAACGUUUAUGCCUAUACGGCCAAUUUCAUGCAUUUUAUUUGUGCAUGCGAAAUACCGACCCUCUCCCCAGCGCUUGCCAGAUCAAGGGAACUGCAGGCCCUAGCUAAUCACCGGGCGAGUAUUUCUAGUGAUCGGGGGAAAGGAGCUACGGCAACUGGGGAAGGGGGGUAAUUAUUAUAGACUGAAAGCCAGCCAAGAUUUUGGUGUUGAAUACGUUUUCGAGUGUUUAAGUAGGGUGUACGAACGAAUGUGUUAGAAACUGAUUUGUUGUGCCCAAGCAUUAAAGUUAACAGAACUGGAUCAAAGAUAUCUGCUAUGGAGCGAGCUGGCAGCAUCCAGUUGGAAAUCCCUGACUUCAGCAACUCUGUGCUGUCCCACCUGAACCAACUGCGCAUGCAGGGCCGCCUGUGUGACAUCAUCGUCAAUGUGCAGGAUCAGAGCUUCCGUGCCCACAAGGUGGUGCUGGCAGCCAGCUCUCCCUACUUCCGUGACCACAUGUCCCUCGGAGAGAUGAGCACAGUCUCCAUCUCUGUCAUCCGCAACCCCUCCGUCUUCGAGCAGCUUCUCUCCUUCUGCUACACAGGCCGGCUGUGCCUCCAGCUGGCUGACAUUAUCAGCUACCUGACAGCUGCCAGCUUCUUGCAGAUGCAGCACAUCAUCGACAAGUGCACCCAGAUCCUGGAGAACAUCCACUUCAAGAUCAACGUGGCUGAUGUGGAGGCUGAGCUCAACCAGGGCAGCAGGGGUAAUCUUCAAGAAAGGACCGCAGAGGGGGGGAGGAGCGGCAUGAACCGCUCCCUCAGCCCCCCGCACAGCAGCCCGAGGGGAGGUCGGCGAGCAGGAGGGGUGAGCCCCCCAGAAGAAUCUAUGAGCCCCCAGAUUAUUGAACACAGUUCCGAGGGCAAUGGCAAGGAGCCCAUCCUGAGGAUAAAUCGGGCAGGGCAGUGGUAUGUAGAGACAGGGCUGGAGUCAGACCGGGCCAUCGGGGGCAUGGAUGACGAUGUGCGCGUGGUGGAUGGGCUGCGCAUUAAGACAGAGAGGAUGGAGGAGUGGAUGGGUGCUGAGACACAGGCUUCAGGAGAGGAGGGGAGCAGCGCUGAGGAAGUGACCGCCAUGAUGAUUGAUACCACAGGCCACAGCUCACUGGUGCAGGAGAGCUCGGGGGCCAAGGGGUCCCAGCCAUCCAGCAGUUUCAGUGAAAUUGACCGGUUCAGCCCUACAGGCAGUGUUGUGGUGAUGGCUGAACGGCAAAGAGCAAAGAGUGAAUCACCUGGCAGGGUAGAUGACCAGAGGCAGCCUACCUCACAGGGAGAAGAGCAAACGGUUUUCGACAUGGGUGGCUACGAGGAGUAUUUGCGUGAGCAGGUGGGCGACCGCUGGUUCCGUUACAACCCACGUCUCACCUGCAUUUACUGCUGCAAGUCCUUUAACCAGAAAGGCAGCUUGGACCGGCACAUGCGCCUGCACAUGGGCAUCACGCCCUUUGUGUGCCGCAUCUGUGGAAAGAAAUACACCCGCAAAGACCAGCUGGAGUACCACAUCCGCAAACACACAGGCAACAAGCCAUUCCACUGCCACGUCUGUGGAAAGAGCUUUCCUUUCCAGGCAAUCCUCAACCAGCACUUCCGCAAGAACCACCCGGGGUGCGCCCCUCAGGAGGUAUCGCACAGCGCCUCCCCUGAGACCACAGUCACCUCGCGGGGGCAGAACGAGGACGAGUCUCCUUCGCAGGAGGAAAGUGGGGGCACCGCUUUCAGUGAAAUCGUGCAGCCUUCCGUCUCCACCACGGGCCCGGACUGAACCAGGGCCCGGCUGCUCCAUUAAGUGGUUUCCAGUUCACUUGGUUGUGUUUUAUCUAUUGAAAGCAAGACUCUUUUUCUUUUUUUUUUUUUUGUUAAUUGAAGCAGGUUUUGUCAGAGAUGUUGUGUGUGUAGUUCUACAGAUUCACACCCACCUCUUCCCAAAGGAAUUGCACUUUCAUUCUUCUCAUUCAGUCAACCUCAUCUGUUAAGACCACUUCUCUCCACCCUGAUCAUCCAUUCUUCCCCGGAUUGCUCAAAUUCAGAGCUGCUAAUAACCAUUGCCAUCAUUCACCCAUGUUUUUACACAAUGAAGAAAAAAGCUGCUGCUAGUCACAUUCUCCUAUCAAAUUGGCUGAUUUGUAAUGUGCAAAGUACAGAGGUGUAGCUAUAGUACCUUGAAGUGCUAUUAUUUCCUCUGCUUUGCAUGAAACCAACAUCAUUUAAUAAGUAAAAGGACACCUGAACCAAAACCAAUAAAAGGAUCUACAAAAAGGAUCAAACGUUUAAGCCAGUGGGACUUGCGCUAACAUUAAUUAGUUUUUGGACCACAACGAAACUUACAGACUUUCUGUUAAAUGUUCCAUGUAGUAUAAAUGGGAAGGUUUCUCAUCAAGUCUGUAUGUUGUUGUAGAGGUUAACAGGCUUCCACAACUCUCUUAUCUGAAAGGGAACGGCUUUUUUAGAGAAUAGUACAAACAAUUGCAAUAUCCAGAGUGGAAAACCCUGUUAUGAUUGGGGGUUGUUCAUGUGAGAACUACAGGUUGCAUCAAGUUUUAUAGCAGCGAGGUUGAGUCCAGUACACUCGAUGCUCCCUUUAAGUUUAACCCUAUUUGCCAAAUGCUUUGGAUUUUUUAAUUUUAAUUAGUCAUGUGCUCUGGGUUUUAAUGGAAUCAGGCUGUGCUGUGAAUGUGAUAGGCAUUUAAUAAGGCAAAGAGUUCCCAAACAUGUUGAAAUUAUGUGUGUGUGUAUAAUAAAUAUAUAUAUAUAUAUAUAUA